CUUUCAGAGUCUGAAGUGCGCAGCUCACACGCUUCAGCUGUGCGUCCACAAGGCGCUCAGCGUGACGGGCGUGGAGCGACUGCUAGCCGCCUGUCGUCGUACUGUGGGUCACUUUAAACACAGUUCGAACAACCAGGCCGUCCUUUCAAAACAUGCCGCUGAACUCGGAGCACCUAAGAAGAAGCUUCAGCAGGACAUCGCAACACGGUGGAACAGCACGUACAUAAUGAUAACCAGCCUGCUUGAACUGAAGGAGCCUUUGCGCCGCUCCAUGGAGGACAGCAGUACCAUUAAAUCGUCGAUUCCUCACCUCACAGACGUCGAUUGGGACAUGUUGGAGCAGCUUCGGGAAGUUCUGAAGCCCCUGCUCGACAUUACUGAGCUCCUUGGAGGGAAGAAGUACGUUACUCGGUCUGUACUUAUUCCAGCCUUAAAACUGCUAAAGAAUAAAAUGAAGACAAAUGACUGUGACCCUGCCUUCAUCUGCCGCUUCAAGGCCAUGCUUGUGGACUCUAUCGAUGAGAGGCUUCACGCGUGGCCGCGGUACAACGACUAUGAACUGGCAACGUGUCUCGAUCCUCGUUUCAAGAGCCUCGCAUGCAUCGAAAAAGAUCGCCGCGAACUUGUGUGGGAAAGGCUUUCCCAGCUAACACAUGCGUCUUCGGACGACGAUUCUACUGAUCUGACGCCCAAGAAAAAAAGAAAAUACGUUUUCUCGGAGGAAAACGAAGAGCCCACCAUCUCCUGCCAAGUGUCGCUUUAUCGAUCGAUGGCCGAGGUGACGGACGAUGAACUGGACCCCCUACAGUGGUGGCGAGCUCGGGGCUCCCUGUUUCCUCAAAUUGUGCCAAUUGUAAAGAGUGUGAUGUGUGUCCCAGUCACCUCAACGCCCUGCGAGCGUCUGUUCAGUGCAGCAGGGAUGAUCGUCAACAAACAAAGAAACUCGCUCCUGCCGGAAAAUGUCAACAAACUUCUUUGCCUCCGCAGCUGGGGUUGUGAUCUGUGAGUGCGUUACAUCAACGUUUAUUCUCAAUUAAGUUUGUAUAUAUGCGCCGUUUAUCAUACAAUAAAACAAAUUGUAAGGACAAAAU